GUCUAUUGCAUCAUGGGAUCACUAUUAAUAUCAAUUCAGUGAGACAAAGACACCGCCAAGUGUUGCGGGUCGCACGGAGCCGAAGGGGAUCUGCCAGCCCGGGCUUGCCGUGUCUUACAACUCAUCAAAUCCCAGGUUGCAUCCGCGCGGGGGGCCUGUUUACUCCACAAUCUGCCAUUGGUGGGAGGUGAGACAUGCACGGUACUUGGAAGCAGUGACUGUCACCCAUCCCACUGCUGUUGCGGUCAAGAUUCCCUCGGUCGCGUCGUUUGUUGGGAUUAUAUCUUCGAUCCUCUGAGCUUCUGUAAUGUGGUGAUCAACUGCUACGUACUCAGAAAACAAGAUGGCGCGCUCCGAGUCAGAUAAGGAUAUCGAUGCCAACUAUGGCCUACUGAACAAUGAGGAAGCCCAGAAUUGGAGUCAUGACGAGAAGCCUCGAGCUAGAUCGCAUGGAAACUGGCUCCAGACCUUGCUCUAUGUCACAACGGCCGUUGUUUCGUGCUUGGUUGGACUCUUCAUCGGUCGUCAAGUGCAAGACCUCGAUAGGGUCUGUACUCGUCAUGUCUCUCAUUAUUCGCCUGUUACCUCGAAUGUCAACGUAGCAUUUCAACCUCAGCGGUUUAAUGGUUCGCUGCUCAAGGAGAACAUCUACCGGCAAGAUGCCAGUCCAGAGGUCGACGCAGCAUGGGAGGCAUUGGGUGUAAAUUAUAGAAGUUUGCGUGUUCCUACCGAAGUAGCAGAAAAGUCCGGACUGGCGCAAGACCAGGUCAAAAUCAACCAGAAGUAUGGAGGAGGCUAUCCGGCGAAUGUAGAGGGCUUCCAUCAUUUACAUUGUCUAAAUCUACUGCGCCAAACACUCUACUACAACUACGAUUACUACCACAAUCUCGGCCAAGGCGCUUUCAAGAACGACGAUUUUAUCGUCCGACGACAUGUUUCCCACUGUCUGGAUAUCCUACGACAACAACUCAUGUGCACCAUUGAUACUGGAGUCCUCGGUCAGGUCUGGAUCCAUCCCGAUCACCCAGAGGCGUAUGUGGACUUCAACACAGAGCAUCAGUGCAAAAACUUUGAAGCUAUCCGCCAGUAUGCUGAGAAGAAUCAGCUGCCGGCUCAGAUUCCACAGGAUUUCUUGGAGCCGCCUAAGCCGGGCGAUAGAGUCUAUGAUGAGAUUCCAUAGGGAGUCUCUGAUACAAUCAACUGAUGAAUGAUUAUGAGGAUAUGUAUAGUAUUUACAAUAAAUAAUGAAGAAAGCGUUGUUGUAGCCCACUGAGUCAAUAUCCAUAGUGGCUUUGUGGGGUUCAUCCAUCGCCUGAAGAACUCAAAAAUGGCAGAAUACAAAAACAUCAGAAA